AUGGCGCUGGCGGCAGGAACGCGCGUCUCGUCGCGUGCCCUGCUCCGCCCGUGGGCCUUGCUCCGGGGCACGACCAUCAGGCGGACGGAGCCGGCGGCCGGCAGCGGGGACAGCGCGCGGCGCUUCGGGACCCAGCGGGUGCUGGUGGAGCCGGACGCAGCCGCAGGGGUCGCCGUGAUGAAGUUCAAGAACCCCCCAGUGAACAGCCUCAGCCUAGAGCUGCUGACAGAGUUCAUUAUCAGCCUGGAGAAGCUGGAGAAUGACAAGACCUUCCGAGGCGUCAUCCUGACUUCGGACUGCCCCAGGGUCUUCUCCGCAGGCCUGGACCUGACGGAGAUGUGCGGGAAGAACCCAGCCCACUACGCCGAGUACUGGAAGGCGGUGCAGGAGCUGUGGCUGCGGCUGUACCUAUCCAACCUGGUACUGAUCGCCGCCAUCAACGGAGCCUGCCCGGCCGGAGGCUGCCUUAUCUCCCUCACCUGCGACUACCGGAUCCUGGCUGACAACCCCAAGUACCUCAUUGGGCUGAACGAGACCCUGCUGGGCAUCGUCGCCCCCUUCUGGUUCAAAGACACCCUUGUGAACACCAUUGGGCACCGUGCCUCAGAGCAGGCCCUGCAGCUGGGGUUGCUCUUCCUGCCAGCAGAGGCCCUCCAGGUGGGCCUGGUGGACCAGGUGGUGCCUGAGGACCAGGUGCUGAGCACAGCGCUCUCGGUGAUGGCCCGGUGGAUGGCCAUUCCAGAUCACGCUCGACAGCUGACCAAGAACAUGAUGCGAAAGACCACGGUAGAUCGCCUGGUGAAGCAGCGCGAUGCGGACAUCCAGAACUUUGUCAGUUUCAUCUCCAGAGACUCCAUCCAGAAGUCCCUGCAGAUGUACUUAGAAAAGCUCAAACAAAAGAAAGGCUAA